AUGAAAUUCAGUUGUAAAACUACCACACCUUUUUACAUAAUAAGUUUCAAAAAGGAAAAACAAAAAAUAAAGUUUUUUUUGAAAUUCGACCAGACAAUGAAAUUGCAAACGUGGAAAAAAACUGAAAAUUGA